UCUAUUUUGGUAGUUGAAGAAGAAAGCUCGAAAUUUCUUUCACUGCACUCUAUAUCAAAAGAAACUAUCAUUUUCUUUCACGUGUUGUAUUUGCAAAGUUCAUUCAUCAUGGAGUGGUUAUUUGGGAAGAAGAAAACACCCGAGGAGAUGCUGAAACAGAACCAACGUGCUUUGAACAGAGCCAUGAGGUGUGCUAAGAUGGAGUUGUUGUUUAGAUUUAGCUGUGAUUCUUAUAUAGUUUUGAGCUUAUACUUAUUUGUAAAGCUCCCCAUAUCUCUGAAACUAAAGCAAGUAUGAUCUGUUCUGAAUGUUUUCUGGUUCCUGUCCCAGCGAUUAAUGGAAGAAUUAAAAUCGUGAAGACAGGUUAUACUAUAUAGCUGGUACCUUGACUGAAAUCGACUCUGGAACUUCGCGAAAUGCAUCGUAAAUUUUCAUAUAGCACCAGUCUUUAAAUCAUGCGUCUUUUCUACUGAACAUUGUUAAUAUGGUUUAAACGUCUUGUCGUCUUACAAUGCAAGGGAGCUAGUUUAGAUAAUGGUCCCUUGUUUGAUUACAUAAAUUGCUCUUUAACGAGAUUUCAGCCAACCUUUUCAGCGAAAUGGGAAAUUGUAACAUUAAAGCAAUAUAAUACUCUUGGCCUACCCCUCUGUAGUGGAGAGAUAAGAGAGCAAUUGCAGAAUACCCAGCUCACUAAAUGUCUUUCUUGAAAAACUGCUACCACUGUUGCAGUCGUGUUCUGUUAUGCUGAAAACUUCAAUCCAAGUGAGUCAAAUGAUUGCUCCUACAGUCCUGUAUAUUCCCAUAGGCGCUGAAAAGUGAAUAUUAAAUGAGUAUACAACUAGUGAUUCUGCAUUCCCGCAGUCGAUGUCAAGUAACUAGUGUGCUUAUAGAGCGAGGUAUACCAGUGCUUCCAAGGUCUCGUACUCCCACAGUCGAUAUCAGAAUUUCUUUUGCAAAUCAGACAACUGCGGAACUGUAAGAGCAAUUUUUUAAGUUAGAUAGUUAGUGGGCCGGGAAGUGAAGCUUUUUGUGCAUCUAAAGUUGCUAAUAACCUGCCACAGGUCUAUGUUCUCUCCUAUUAUGCAGAAUAGUUGUUAGCUCAGUGCUCUUCGGUUUCCACCAAUACAGUAGAAGCCCACUCUACAGGCACCUGCUUUGGUCUAAUAUUGUAAACAUUGUACUCAGUUAAAAUGAUGACAGAUUUCUUUGAGCUAGUAUGAUUUCAUUACUUAAAAACAGAAGCAAAAUACAUGCAGUGUGACAUGUUUGAAGUCUGUCUUUUUUCUCAUGUUUGACCCUUGCACUGCCUUCAACUACACAAGUUUGACUUGCUUGGCUUAAUGCUGCAAUCUUUGGUCCUACUGUUCUUAUGUGUCAGUGAUGUUUUUUCUGAGAGCCUGCUUAAUACAGACACUAUAGCAUGUCUGCUUGGUAUCCAUAUUAACAAGUAACUCUUGCUGACCUGAGAGGAAGUCGAACUGGUUGAGUUCAUUUUCAGGCAGGUCCUAUGUAAACGCAUGAAAAGAAUGUAUGGAGACUUAUAUGAACUCAUGCCAGUCUUGAGUUCAUCCUGGUCUCAUGUAAAUACAGUCAACUAUCACCUUGCAGACACCCCGCUAUAAAGGACACCCCGAUAAUACGAACAGCAGCUAAAUACCCUCCAAAAGUAUAUUAGAGAUGUUUGACUGAAAUAAACUCCCACUAUUAUGGACUCUUGUUAAUGAGGACACUAACUCAAAGUCCCUACAGUGUCUACUAUAAAGGAAGUUGACUGGGGAUGUACCCCCUUUACUAGAAGAGUACCAACAGGGACAUGGCUUUCUUUUCAAUAUUCAAUACAGCAUAUUGAAGAGGAACAAUCAGAAACCUCUACUUUUUAUUAUGAAAUGGAGAAUUUUGACAUUAAGACUAGGGAUCUACUCACCCAUCCCCCUGCUCCCACCCCUAAAGAGCCUCAACAAUGGCUAUUUCUCCAAAAAUUAUAACCAUCAGCUCUUUCUAAGGUGGUCGAUGUGCCAGGGUGUGAAGAAAGUCAUGUUUACUUCUUACCAUUGGGGCAAGCUGAAGCUAACAUUACUAGCCCAAACAUCAUUUUCAACUAGCCCCAAAAACGUUUUGAUGUUCGGAUUGAUUUCACAGUUCUUCUGUAAUUUGAAUUUUUCAAAAAAACUUCACUUGCUCAUUGGACAAGUUAAUAACAGAAUUCACUGGCCCGAUAGCAAAAUCCAUUAGACAGUACUUUCUUUGCCAAUGAUGUGUGGAGGUUGGAUCAUUAUUCCAAAUAGAUAAUGUUAACCUUAACCCUUACCCGUUUCAGAGAUCUUGACAGAGAGAGAAGUAAAUUAGAGCAGCAAGAAAAAAAAGUUAUUGCAGAUAUUAAAAAAAUGGCAAAAGCUGGACAGAUGGUAUGUCGACAAUCAUUAUUUUAAAUUUUUGUACUUACAUAGCAUUAGCAACAAUAAUUUCUUUUUACAUGACAUAUCCACGUCUGCUUCGUCUGAAUAAAAAAUAGCCAUACUUCAUUGAAAUUUAGCCGGAGUAUUAUGCGUUUUAGAUGGAAAAUUCUUCGAUCUCCGAUGCUUAAUGAAACCCCUGCUUAUCAUAAUGUGGGUGAAAUAAUAAUAUUAUACAGUCUUGUAACUCUGAGUGCGAGCAACAUUAUUUUGGUCAUGAUGAUUCGUAGGUGAUGUUUAAUAUCUACCUGUAGUUGGGUUGCAGAAGUGUUCAUUGUGUUAGUCAAAGGUUGCCAAUCUAUUUUUGUUGUCUUGGUUUGCAUUGGACAAGGCUGCAACCUGGUCAUGUGUAGCUUUGAUCAUUUAAUUAACUGCAGAUUUUUUGAGCUGGCAGAAUGGUCCAGUUUCAAACCCCUAAUGCACUUCUAACCAAGGCAACUGUAAAGAUCCCGCUGGCAGUGUGUGUAUCAGUUCAGAGGAUCAUCUCAUUGGGCAGUGAUGUCAAGCUGUUGGCCCAGCCCUCUUCAUCCUUCAUUCAUUUUGCUAAUUUAUGGGAGGGGACAUUUUCUAAGUAAUGUGGUUUUCCUCAUAAUUCAUAAAGAAGUAGUUAACAUUGUUUACCUUGCAAAAAUUAAUAUACACCAGUGAUCAAAGAGCUACGGGAUAAUUCUUUAGGUAAGUACACAGUAGCUUUUAAUAAAAAAUAUAUAUAUUACGCGUAGUACCCUAAUAACUGACCAGAUCAGUAUUAGGGUGGUAGCAAUAAAAUGCUUUAUUGAAAAACUGGUGUUUUCCAUGUAAACUCUAAUAUUGGUGUUGCUCACACAUUCACUUAUAUGUUUUCAUUUUUUAGGAUGCAGUCAAGAUAAUGGCCAAAGAUCUUGUAAGAACUAGACGAUAUGUUAAAAAGUUUAUUUUGAUGAGAGCCAACAUCCAAGCAGUAUCUCUUAAAAUUCAGGUGAGAGUUCAUUUUCUGAUUAUUUUGUGGUGGGAAAGAUGACAGAAUGGUUUCGAAGCAUUUAAGAUGAUAUAACCAAAAAUAUUUCUUAUUAUUAAUUUAAGGCUGGUUUUUAUUAUAAGAAUUAUAGUAAAAACCAGCCUUAAAUUAUUGCUUGCUUCCCUGAAAAAAAGUUGAGUGAUCACAACAGGUGUUAUAGCUGCUAUAAAUAAAAACAACUGAUUGUGGCUGCUGCAAUAAGUGUAGUUGUUGUGAUAUUUAAACAUUCACUUAGAUAGACUUUGGUUCUAUCUACAAAGCCUCAUGCCUAUAAUGAUUGGCUACAUUUGCUAAAAAAAUCAAGUUACUUACAAUAAUUUUAUAAGCCAUUAGAGUUUUGACAACAUGCAUAUGGAAAUCAGCUUAAGGAUCCAGUGUACAUGUCUUAAGUCCAAUGGUUUAAAUCCCAGCUUUAAUCCCUCCAUUGGCACCCAAUACCAUAACUUUACAAAUAGUUGAUUUACAAUGUUUUAUAAAAGUUUCACAAACCUAAUUGUCUUUGUAAAGAUCUGUCCAUUAAAGCCAUACUGGUCUGUAGAAUGUACAGUUGCCAACCUGAAAAUGUUGAUGUUGUUUCAGAUAAGUUGGGUUCAGUCACACGGGGGGUGGGGACUCGACUAACAUUUGGGUAGAGGUGAGUCAAUGACCCUGUGUAGGACAAAAACCUCAAUUUUAUCACCCUGUUUAGGACAAAGGACAUGUACACUGUUUAGGACAGACUUGCGUGAAAUUGUAUUCACUGUUUAGGAGAGACUUGCGCAAAAUUGUAUACCUUGGUUAGGACAGAGAGGACAAAAACUAUACCCUGUCCAGCGGCACAUGUGUGGAUAGGUCAUAUAAGGGAGUUCCCCCCCCCCCCAGGGGUUGAGUGUACAUUUUUUAAGACAAAAAAAAAUUUCACUUGAAUCUGGACAAUAAUAGUCUUACCACGUAUACAAAAACUCAUUUCCAAUUACCUGGUCUUCAAAAAAUCUUAUGCUUUUAGCACUGAGCUGCCCUUUGCUGUUACCCCGAGGGUGGCCUCUUAGUAUAAAUCAACCUUGUUCCCAGGGUUUUUUCCCAGGGCAUUGGGGUUUGAGCUUUUGUAUAAAUCAACCUUGUUCCCAGGGUUUUUUCCCAUAGAAAAUGGGAACGGUGGAUAAAGGCUGGCAUUGGCUGGUCAAAAACUUUUGUGGUUACUUUCAAGGCAAAUUUCGAUCAGACCAGCCUUUUUAACGUUUUUCUAAAAAACAAUACACUCCAGAAAUGAACCAAUGGCAAAGCCUUGAACAAAAAUUAAUCUGUUUGCAUGUUUCAGUGAUAAAUAAAUUUGCAAGUUUACAAGCAAGCAAAUGAAUUUUGUCAAAUUAGAAAUGGUCGAAAUUCAUGACAAGAUGAUUGGCAAGUGACCAGAUUAUCCGGAAGUGCUCGGAUAAGUCAAACCUUCAUAAAUAGCUGCCAAUUUCCACAUUUUAAAUUAAAACCCCUUUAAGUUAAAUGACUUGAGUACAUUCUCAGGGUGAAGACAUCAUUAGGGAAAAAGCCUUGGGACCAAGUUUGGUGUAAUAGUGUCUUGGAACCACACAUAAGUUAAGUAAGAUAAUUUUUUUUUUCAGACAUUACGAUCAAACAAUGCCAUGGCUCAAGCUAUGAAGGGGGUCGCAAAGGUAUGAAUAUGUUUAACUGUUAAUGAAAUAUCUUCCAGGAUAAUGUACACUAUAUAUAGAAAUUGCUUAAUAGUUUUGUCCAUUUUUUAUUGACUUCCUGGUGUCAUAGAUUGGGUUGUGUGCUCAAGAAUAUGAUUAUUUUAUUUUCCUUACAGGACAUGUACACUUUACACCUAAUUUAAUGCAGGAACGUCUAGUUUAAAAUGUUUCACCAAUAGCUGUAGUUUAAGCAGAUCCCUCAACAGAGCCCUUCUGGCUGAAAGUCAAUGCCACGCCCCUAGCUGCUAAAGAGAGAGGGUCGCUCCUUUCCCAUGCCCCCCUGUUGAAGAGAGUCUCUCUUCACCCCACUACCCCCCUGGAGAGAGAGAGAGUGUUUUGUCUCUGCCCAUGGGGCCUUUUAAGGGGUGAAAGCAAUAGGUGACUUGGCCCCAAAAACUGGCAAAAAUCCUCUCAGAAAGCACCAACAAUUGGCAGAAAAGGAGGAAAGAAUUCCGACAAUGACAAUUUGUUUUUUAAGUACAUGUAGUGAGAGACAUUAUUUUGAUGUCUUUUAUAUUUUCUCUGUUUUGGUAGUGAAAUAACAAUCUCUCUUCCUUUAUUUCCAAAACUUUUCUGUUAUUUUCUUUGAAUCAUUUUCUGGAGUUGUUUUUAUUGAAAAAAGGUCUGUCCAGGGAGAAAGGUUAAUAACAAUUAUAAUUCUUUCCAGGCGCUAUAUCUACCAUCAAUUCCAAAACUGAGAAUCACAAAAAUUUAUGCUGAUCCGACGCAACAUUUUCUUCCAAGCUAAAAUUCAACAGUGGCAUUUUCCUAACGUACGAGGUGAUAGGCAGUCUCAAAAGUGACCAACAAAGCGUCAGCAUACCCUCCCUUGGAAGGCAUCACUCAUUACCCCAUGUUGAAGAGAAAGAGCCUCUCCUUCCUCUGUUCCCUCUGCUGAGAGAGAAUGUAUCUCUUAUGUCCUUGCCCCCUUGCAGGAGAAGGGAGCAUCUCUACUUCCCCCUCCCCCAAUCCCCUGGACCGGGUUGUUCAAAGCUGAGUUAAGAUAACCCAGGGUUAGUGUGAAAUUUUUAAUUUUCUUUGCCUAUAAUUUGAUGAUUGGAUACUCUAAAAAAAAUAUAGAAAAUUAUCCGAGAGAGUGCUUUUGAUGAAAAGAAAAAGAGGCCCGGGUUGAAAUUUAACCUGGGUUAGCGCUAACCAGCGUUCGAACAACUGGGCCCUGAAUAUUAUCAUAUUUUGUAUGCAGGUAAAUGUAGAUGUAAAUGUUCUUUGAUUGUUUUGUUAAACAAUGUAAUGUAAGGUUUUCAAUUACAUGUGCCAUGGUUUUCCAAGCAUUACAGGCUUACCAUCUCUGUCAAGUGGUUCCAGUAUCAUUUUCUUUUAACACUUUAUGGCUUCUUUUUUUUUCCAGACUAUGGCAAAUAUGAACAAAGCAUUGAAACUUCCACAGAUCCAAAAGAUCAUGAUGGAGUUUGAAAAACAGGUUUGAUAAAAAUUCUUUUUGAAAACCGUUCAGUCAACUUCUUUUAAGACGGACACUUUUGGGAACACCACUACAUGUAGAUGUCCAUCUUAGAGAAAUGUCCAUCUUAUAGAGAGUCAAACAGGGCUGUCAUUGAGAGGCAGAGGCCAGGGAUUUCCCCCCGCUACUUUCAUAGGAAAAUAGAAGGAAAGUAGAACCAAAAGAAAUCCCUAGCUGUUUUCUUCCCCGUCUACUUAUUGUAUUUACCCGGAAACUUGAAAUCUUAGCGACAUCCCUGGUCAAGUAAAGGCAGUAAAGAAAGGCAGGGACCAACUCUAGGUGUCCGUCUUAGCAAGGUGUCUGUCUUAUAUAGGUUUCCAUUAAGAGAGAGUUGACUGGAAAAAAUAGGGACCUUAAGCAACGACGAUGAUGACAGCAGUGAAAACGUUGCUAAAAAAUACAUUUGCAUUCUUUCAAACUUAAUCGCAUCUAUUUGGACCCGCUCAAUAUCUCAAUAUAUGCAGACGACUUUUCCUGGAGUUGAAUUCUUAAGGAUUUUAGGAUCAAAAAGAGGAAGGAAAAUUUGUUGUCGUAUGUCCACGUCCCCCAUUAAACUCAUCGCUAAUGAUGAGCUUGGGAGCAGGUGCCUUAAAGGUUAGUAGGGGGCCAAAUGCAAUAAGCAGAGAGGAGGUAUCCAUGGCAACCCUGGAAGCGGGAACCACCCAAGAGCAGCCACUAACCAGCACCGUCACACUGAAUAAAUUCAGUGGAGAUACUUACCUAAGAGAAUACCUACCUCAGAAAAUACUUACCAAACCACCAGGCAGGGAGGGAGAAGAGGGAGCAAGAAUCCGCAAUGAUUCGCAAGUAGGCAAAAAUUGAUCCGCUACGAUCAGCAAGCAAAGCUACAAUGCAAAGCAACACUGGCAAAAGGGUACACAAGGAGCCCUGCAAUUCCCCGCGGGCCGCCCCGUAGGUCACAUACUGAAGUGGGAGAAGACCGCUAGCCAGCUCGCUCGAGUUUAACUUUGCCUAAAUGAUAUUUAGCCACAUCAAAACGUCAAAUUAGGAGGCUUCACGUCGUAGUCGUGCAGUGGACGUCAAAGAAAUGUACUAAAAAGCUUGAUGUGUGUGCAGAGCUGUUGUUUUGAUCAUUAAACCUAUUGUUUUUUGAAGUUGUCGUUGUCGUUAUCUUCGUAGUUGCUUAAGCUCCCUAAUGACUGCAGCAAAAACACAGUCAUUAAUUCAAUGAGGAGGGAUAGGUAAAUCUAUGAACCUCAUUUUUCGGUGGGGGUGAAGAGGAGUGGGAGUCAAAGUUGCAGCGAAAACUGUUAGCCCCAAAUCAAGACUCCAGAACCCAAGGAUAGAAAGGUUGCUGAAUGGGGACGGGUACACAACGGGGUGUUAAUGUUAUCAUUGGUUCCAUUUUCAGUCUGAAAUCAUGGACAUGAAAGAAGAAAUGAUGAAUGAUGCCAUUGAUGAUGUCAUUGGUGACGAGGAGGAUGAUGAAGAAAGGUUAGUCUAAGAAACUUUUCAAGGGAGGAUGCACUUGAAUCCCCCCAAGAUGCUGCAUCUUCAAUGUUUCUGGGAAGCUGCCCACCUACCCCUCCCCUAAGCCAACAUUAGCACUUAUUCCUCACUUAGGGCAAAAUGUUGGCUUAGGGGAGGGGUAGGUGGGCAGUUUCCCAGAAAUGUGUAAUGAUCCACAAUAGCUCCUAGAUCAACCCCAGAGCACUCUUAUCAUUUUCAUGGGAAAUUACCCCCGAGCCUAUUGAACUAACACAUGUAAAUCUCCCAGGCUGCUCUCCAUACCUUUCCUUUAAGAAAUUUAUAGGAAGGGAAAAUUUAAUAAGAAAUCAAAGCAUUUUCCCUUUGGUGGUCAUAUCUUCUCAUAACCUUUUCUCUUGAUAUUGAAUGGAUAUUGUUAGGAGAAAAUAAUUUUUGAUGUUCGUCAGUCUUGGGACAAAAGGGAUAAAUGAAAAUUUAAUGUUUUUUGUUUUUAAUGGCCCAAAAUAUUUAAUUCCCUUAGAUCUGAAAUUCAGAAUCAAUGCCUCUAGUAUUGCUGUGUUCACUUCUAAACUAAAGUGAUUUUUCUCAGUAUAAGCACACUUUACUUCUCUUAAUGCUCGGGUGUAGUUUUUCGCUUAUUCCUUCCUCUUUUUUUUCUCAUAUAGUCUUGCAUUAUUUUUUCUCACUUUUUCUUUUUCGUUUUUGCACUUGCACGUUCAGCCUUACCCCUUGUUUAUCGUAUUUAAUGAUUAUUUUCCAUGUUGUUUUCCAAGGAAUUGUAUGUGCUUAGUUAAAUAAUUGUCUUGCUGAUGCCAGUAUUGUAUUUAUUAAUUAGGUAAUAUAUUUUUAAAGCUGGUCCAAUUCAUAAGCCUUAUUGGCUUCCUUGGGAUUCCUUGCCUCGUCUUUUUUUUUAUAAUUUUAUGUAUAAAUAUUUAACUGUCUUAUAUGGCAAAAUGAUAAUAAAACAAGAAAAACAAUGAAACAAUAGUAGAGUUAACGUUUUUCAAUUUAUUUGUCCACUGCAGUGAUCAAAUAGUCCAGCAAGUUUUUGAUGAGCUAGGACUCGUCCUUACUGAUGAGGUAAAUACAUUGUUAUCUCUUUAAGCCCCAAUUCUCCAGACCGAUCAAUUCGUUAAGCAAUAGUGGAGAGAAUUUGAUAAAGGAUCAAAGCAUUUCUCCUUAGAUGAUCAUUUUAUAAAUUCUCAUGACCUUUUUCAGUUUUGCGUAUGGAUGUUGUAAGGAGAAAAUUAACAUUUGUCAUUCUUGGGACUAAAAGGCUUGUAUGGUGUUCCGGGUGGGUGAAGUCGGGAAUAGGACUGAUGGUGACAAAAACUGAGAAUUUGAUAAAAGAUCAAAGCAUUUCUCCUUUGGUCAUCAUUUUAUAAAUUUUCAUAACUUUUUGUCUUGUUUUUGUAUGGAUAUUGUUUUUGAUAUUGAUCAUUCUUGAGACUUAAAAGGUUAUACAUGUAUGAUCGUUCGGCUGAGUGUAGCCUGAAUAAGACUGUUGUUGACUGUGACUUGACAAUCUGAGUGUGAGUUGUGUAUCUUCAGUUGCGAUUUAUCCUCUCUGCAUACCUGUUGUCACAUCACCACAAACUUAUUUAUAAAAGGAAUCCAUGACUGCCUGGGCAAAAAUAUGCAGCAAGGCCUGGUGAUGUGGUUAGAUUGCUAAGAACUCUGGGAUUGGUAGAAUGCAGACAUGUUCUCGAGAUGUGCUCAUUAUAUAUGUAGUGAGAAUAGUGGACUGAGCCUAGCCUUACAACAAGGUGUAAAGCGCACUCUCUAACAAGGUUUUAUUUUAUUCCAGCUGACCGGCCUUCCAACCACUUCAGGGGCGAUAGGUAACAAAGAAGCAGCCCCGAAACAAGCUGUGGCUGAUGCUGAUGCCGAUUUACAGGCUAGGUAA